GUGAACUUUACAAUAAACAGGGAAUUAUUAGCAAAGGCCUAGAAUUUGGAAUGAGGGUCACAAAAGUUUCCUUACCAGGAAAGAAUAUAUCACUUAGACAUGUAGUCCUCAUUUCUUGAAUGACUGUGUUGCAGCAGGUGUUGAAAGAUGGCUCAGAGUAUGGAGUAAAAAGUGAACUUUUCUCUACAGUGCCUAAACAAAAGGCAGUGAUUGAGUUCAGCUCCCCUAAUAUUGCCAAAAAGUUUCACAUAGGACAUUUGCGUUCCACAAUAGUAGGGAAUUUUAUAGCAAAUCUCAAAGUUGCACUGGGACAUGAAGUAAUAAGAAUGAAUUAUCUUGGUGACUGGGGCAUGCAGUUUGGUUUAUUGGGUGUUGGUUUCCAACUCUUCGGCAACAAAGAAAAGCUAAAAACCAGUCCUUUACAACACCUUUUUGAGGUGUAUGUGCAGAUUAACAAAGCAGCUGAAGAUGAAAACACAAAAAAGCUGGCUAAGGAUUUCUUUAGAAAACUGGAGGAACAUGAUGAACAGACAUUGUCACUUUGGAAACAAUUUAGAGACUUCAGUAUUGACGAAUACAUCCGAAUUUAUAAGCGUCUAGGAGUGCACUUUGAUGAAUAUUCUGGAGAAUCAUUUUACCAAGAGAAGUCCAAGGAAGUUCUAAAGAUGUUGGAGAAUAAAGGACUCCUUCAGAAAACAAUAAAAGGGACAGGAAUUGUGGAUCUUUCAGAAAAGAAAGACCUCUCAUCGUUUUCCACUGUCAUGCGUAGUGAUGGGACAUCUCUUUAUAUAACAAGAGAUCUUGCUGCUGCUAUAGACCGAAUGAAUAAGCAUAAUUGUGAUACUAUGAUUUACGUGACAGAUAAGAGUCAAAGUAAUCACUUCCAGCAUUUGUUCCAAAUACUGAAGCUCAUGGGUUAUGACUGGGUAGAAAGGUGCCAGCAUGUGUCUUUUGGUCUAGUUCAAGGGAUGAAGACUCGGAGAGGAGAAGUAAUUUUCCUGGAAGAUGUUUUAAAUGAAGUUCGCUCAAGGAUGUUACAAAACAUGGCUUCCACAAAAACAACCAAAGAGAUAGAAGACCCUAUGGAGACAGCAGAGAAGGUUGGUCUUGCGGCACUAAUAAUUCAGGACUUCCGUGGCCUUCUGUCAUCAGAUUAUCAGUUUAGCUGGGAUCGAGCUUUUCAAAGUCGUGGAGAUACAGGCGUAUUCUUGCAGUACACCCAUGCCAGGCUCCACAGUUUAGAACAGAUGCAUGGGAAUGAGCAGCUAACUGACAUUAAUGUGGCGUGCUUGCAAGAGCCAGAUGCCAUCUCUGUUCUUCAGCAUCUUCUCAGGUAUGAUGAGGUCCUGUAUAGAUCUUCUCAGGAUCUGCAACCCAAACACAUUGUCAGCUACCUCCUCACACUCAGCCAUCUGGCAGCCAUGGCACAUAAAACCCUUCCUGUGAAAGACAGCGCCCCUGAACUAGCCCAGGCAAGGCUCUGUCUCUUCCAAGCUGCACGCUCGGUUCUAGCCAACGGAAUGAAACUUCUUGGCAUUACACCUGUAACUCAAAUGUAAUGAGGCUCUAUUUGCAAUG